AUGGAGCAGCUCUUAGCACAGCACAAAAAGGAGACACGUGACCUGGUUGCGACGACAACAGGGAUGCGCAAGCAGGCGACCAAGUCGACUCGGAAGGAGGUUUUGAAGCGGAUUGCGCAGAUGGAGGCCGAUCUGAAGAUCCGGCACGAGAAAGAGCUGCGCGAGCUGAACGGCGAGGAACCUGGCGAGGAGCAGGAGGUGAGUCCCGAGCAGCUGCUGGCUCAGAUGAGUCUGGCAGAGGAGCAGAAGCCUGUGGAGGCCGCUGUGAGCGCAGAGCCGAAGAAAAAGCGCAACAGGCAAAAGGAACGGCUGGCAAAGCGAGAAGCAGAGUUCAAGAAGCUGCAGCAGGAGGCCGAGAGCGAGGCCAGCACGCAGCCGAACCUGAAGGAGAUGGAACUGAACAACAUCGCGCAGCUGUGCACGGUGGGGCGGCUAGUGCAGCAGAACAUCACGCCAGAUGGCCACUGUUUGUUUGCGUCGAUCGCGGACCAGUUGCAGGAACGUCAUGGCAUAACUGUUUCUGUUCAGCAAUUGCGCACCCAGGCGGCGAACCAGAUCCGCAAUGACCCAGACACGUUUGCGCCUUUCCUGUUUGACGAGGAGACGAUGGAGAACCGCAACGUGGACGAGUACACGGCAAAGCUGGAGAACACAGUGAUGUGGGGCGGUGACUUGGAGAUUCUGGCGUUGGCCAAAGAGUACGAUUGUCCAAUAAGCGUGAUGAUGAGUGGACGGGCGCCAAUGAAGAUCAAUUCCGACGCACAACAGCCAGAGUUGAAGCUGGUGUAUUACCAGCACGCAUUUGGACUGGGAGAGCACUACAAUUCGCUAAGAGACAUGGUUUCAUAA